AUGGCGCAAGCGAAAUAUUCUAGAAUAGAUAACAAACGGCCGUCGGGUUACUGUUCGACGGUGACUAUUGUUGUGUUUGUGGCUCUAUGCUUGGUUGGGCUAUGGAUGAUGACAUCGUAUUCGGUAGUUCCUGUGCAAAAUGUAGACGAGUCUUCGGUGAAUAAUAAGAAUGAGGUGAAAGAACAGAGUGAGGUGAAGGAUCAGGCAAGUGAAGCCACUAGUGAUACCGGUAAUAGUAAUGCUCAGCAGUUUGAAGAUAAGCAGGGAGAUCUGCCUCAGGAUGAAAUCAAAAAGGAUAGCAGUGUCUCAUCCGAAAACAAUCCUGUUAUACCAGAAAAACAGGAAAUUAUUUCUGAUAAGUCUCCUGAAGAUACGAAACUGGUAUAUGCUGAUUCAACUCAGAAAGUGAAGUCAUCUGAUUCAGAUGAUAGCAAUAACAAACCUGGUUUUGAUGAGGAUAACAAGAAAUCUGAUUCUGAUGAGGGCGAAAAGAAGUUCGAUUCUGAUGACAGUAAGAAGUUGGAUUCUGAUGUGAGUGAGAAGAAGUUGGAUUCUGAUGUGAGUGAGAAGAAGUCCUAUUCUGAUGAGAGUGAGAAGAAAUCUGAAUCAGAUGGUAAAGGACAAUCUGAUUCAGAUGAAAAAGGAAAUAACACUGGUUCAGAUGAAAGUGAAAAUAAAACUGAUGACUCGAAUGAAGCAACAGAUAAUAAAACAGAAGAAAAGGUAGAUCAAAGUGAUAACCAGGGGUCUAAUGAAAGCUCUAAUGAGAAGAAAACAGAAGAAAAUACCAACAACCAGGGCUCUAAUGAGGCAGCAGAGUCAAAGAAUGAAAAAGAGUCUCAAAAGUCAUCCGCGCAGUCUACCGGGUUCAAUUGGAAACUCUGCAAUGUCACUGCUGGGCCUGAUUACAUUCCAUGCCUUGACAACUUGAAGGCAAUUAAAAGCCUUCGAACUACUAAACACUAUGAACACAGAGAAAGGCAAUGUCCUCAAGAUCCUCCUACCUGCCUUGUCCCUCUUCCUGAAGGAUAUAGACGCCCAAUUGAGUGGCCCAAAAGCAGAGAGAAGAUAUGGUAUACCAAUGUUCCACACACUAAGCUUGCUGAAUAUAAGGGGCACCAGAAUUGGGUAAAAGUUACAGGCGAGUAUCUUACUUUUCCCGGUGGUGGAACACAAUUCAAACACGGUGCACUUCAUUACAUCGACGCUAUACAACAGUUCGUACCUGAUAUUGCCUGGGGCAAACAAACACGUGUGAUAUUAGAUGUUGGAUGUGGUGUUGCCAGCUUUGGUGGCUUUCUCUUUGAAAGAGAUGUACUUGCAAUGUCAUUUGCACCAAAAGAUGAACAUGAAGCUCAAGUACAAUUUGCACUUGAAAGGGGAAUUCCUGCUAUAUCUGCUGUGAUGGGAACAAAGAGGCUUCCCUUCCCUGCUAGAGUAUUUGAUGCAGUCCAUUGUGCACGCUGUAGAGUUCCAUGGCACAUAGAAGGUGGAAAACUUCUCUUGGAGCUGAAUAGAGUACUGCGACCUGGUGGUUUCUUUGUAUGGUCUGCUACUCCUAUUUAUCAGAAGCUUCCUGAAGAUGUAGAAAUAUGGAAAGAAAUGAAGGCACUAACAAAAGCCAUGUGCUGGGAAGUGGUAAAUAUCAGCAAGGAUAAACUUAAUGGAGUUGGUAUAGCUGUAUACAGGAAGCCAACUUCUAAUGAGUGUUAUGAGAAACGUUCCAAGAAUGAGCCUUCUCUAUGUCAAGACUCUGAUGAUCCUAAUGCUGCAUGGAACGUUCCAUUGCAAACAUGCAUGCACAAAGCGCCAGUGAGUUCUACAGAACGUGGGUCACAGUGGCCUGAGAAAUGGCCAGCAAGACUCGGCCAAUCACCUUACUGGUUAUCAAACUCUGAAGUUGGAGUUUAUGGAAAGCCUGCUCCCGAAGAUUUUGCUGCUGAUUAUGAAUACUGGAAACGCGUAGUGUCCAAGUCUUAUUUAAAUGGAAUGGGCAUUCAGUGGUCCAAUGUGCGCAAUGUCAUGGACAUGAGAUCUGUUUAUGGAGGGCUUGCAGCAGCUUUGAGAGAUUUGAAUAUUUGGGUAAUGAAUGUGGUUACGGUAGACUCACCAGACACACUUCCUAUUAUUUUUGAACGGGGGCUGUUUGGCAUAUAUCAUGAUUGGUGCGAAUCAUUUAGCACAUAUCCCAGAUCCUACGAUCUACUUCACGCAGAUCAUUUGUUUUCAAAGCUUAAGAAAAGAUGCAAGUUUGAAGCUGUAGUGGCCGAGGUUGAUAGAAUUCUCAGGCCUGGCGGAAAGCUUAUUGUCCGAGACACUGCUGAGAUCAUUAAUGAGCUUCAGAGCUUGCUGAAGUCUAUGCAGUGGGAGGUUCGCAUGACCUACUCUAAAGAAACAGAGGGCUUUUUAUACAUCCAGAAGUCCAUGUGGCGGCCUACAGAAUUGGAAACUGUAGAGUAUGCUAUUGCUUAA